AUGAGCUCGUUCAACGGCUCUUCGCGACGCUCUUCGGACCUCACCGACGUCCGCGGCGACGCGGAUUGCUACCCCCACCUGCUGUUGCGGAACCAGGGCCCGUUUGAGUGGACCGUGGAGCCACUCGUGAGUCUCAUAAAUCUGCGGUUGGAACGCGCACACGCUUUCGUGCGUCCCAUAACUGGCCCGGUGGCCACCGGCGGUGCGCGGCCGCUGGACCUGGAGGACGUAAUCGAGUUCGAGGCGCCUGAGAAGGCCAUCGUGGAGAUUAACUCCAAGGCGGACUGGCAGGCCGGGCAUUUGGCAGGCACACCAGUGCAAAUAACGGUGCCCCGGCCUGCCGGGCCCGUCUCGGCGAUGAAAACCAAGUCCGCGACGGCUUCUCCGCUCGCAACCAAGCCCCCCACGGGACAGGGCGACCUGUUCCUGUCGGACCUAGCGGCCUCCAGCGGGCGCCGGUUCCCGAGCGGCGUGAGUUACGCGUCCGAGUCGGGAAUGCGCGAGUCGCCGGUUGCAGCGUAUACGGUGUGCAGUUUGGGCGCAGAUCGCGUGAGUCGGUUGGGCUGUGAGUUAGCGCUGCUGACGACUGCGGAGAAGUUUUCGUUACAGGCGGCGCCGCUGGCGCUGCGUGUGCCGUUCCCGCGCGCGCGUGCAAUGGAACACGUGUUUGUGAAGCAGGAGAAGACUCGCGGCCCAGCGGACCCGGCGGAGCAAGUGCUGCAGUGCACACACUUUGUGGCGCGCGUCGAAACCGAGCUGGUGCAUGCCGUGAGUUUAGGCAGCGUGAGUUUGGACACGACGGACCCUCGCGCGUGGGUGACGGUGCCGCGUGUGCGUGUGACGUUGUUGCCGAUGCUUCGCGUAUUCAACUGCCUGCCGUUCCCCGUUUGGAUCGCGGUGGACGAGGAGCCGCCGGCGUUGCUGUGUCGGCAGUUGGAGUAUUCUCAUUCAGCGCCGGCACUGCCUUUAUACCUAAACCUGAGUCGGUCGGAGCAAUUUGAAGGCCGUCAAUUCUGCGUGCAUCGAGGCGGGACGGGUGUUUUCGCCGUCUGGGCGCAGCCGCUGGAGGCGAGAGGCCAAGCCCAGGCUGGAGGAGUGGCCGGAGUAAAUGCCCAGAGUGGCGUGGACGUCCAGAGGGGGGUGGGGAAUGGGCCGUCUCGACUUGGUUCGCAGCCCCGGCUUGGGUCUUUGCCAGGCGAGGCGGUAGUGGGUCGGUUGGAGGAGACGGCGGUGACGAUUUACGACGAACAAAACUUCGUAGCGUUGCAGGCGGUUGUCACAGUUUUCGCAGACCCGACGAGGACGGCACGAUCGGCGUUGGUGAUGACGUUACACGCGCCCUUGGUGAUCUCGCAGUGGGCCGGCACGGGUGCGUGUCUAGGGAUUUUGCGCCGACGUCGUGCGAAACCUGGACUGGCCGCGCGUUUGGUGAAGCGUGCGCCGGUCGACCUACCUGUGCGUCAGACGCACCAUAAGGCCAGUCUGCUCGCACUCGGCGCAGACGACCUACUGGUCUUCACCGACGGCGCCGAACUCGAAUCCGACGUGCGUGCGCCGGUCAUCACCAAUGCUCGCACGCGCAACGAAGAACGACGCCGCGAAACCAUUGAAAAACUGCUCUGCUUCGCCACCGUCAGCCGCGAGCCGCGCACACCCGAACUUACCUACGAGCACUCCGUAGCCUUCACCGCCGCAGACCUCUUUGCACAGACGCACAAAGUGGAACUGCGCACACGCAUGGGCAACCACUUCGCCAUACUCACACACGACGCCGCAAAAGACGCGGCCGUAUACCCCUUCUCCAACUCUCUGGACCUCGGCCCUCUCGGUGGCUGGGGUGGUCGGAAUGCUGUUUCGGGUCGCAGUGUCGUUUCCGGUCUCGCUCCGGGUCCAGCACCCGCCACCGCGUCGGCUGUGAAUUCUGCAACGGGCGUGGCGCGGGUGCGUUGUUACGUGGACACGGGGUCGCCCAACGCGCUCAAGUACUGUUCCGUAUCGGUGGGAGCACGGUUGCCGGAGUCUUUCGCAGAGUUGUACCCCCCGGCCGCGUGCGGGCCGGCGUUUCUGCGUUCGUCGACGGUCAAGGUGGUGCCGAAGUACUGGGUGCUAAACCGGCGCAGCCGCGCGCUGACGUUGCAGUACAAGGGCCAGUUGUUGACGCUGCCCAGCAACUCCGUGUUGCCGGUAUUGCUUCCACGAGACCCGUUGGUGCUGGACCCGCGCGACGAGACAGAGACGCAGCCGCGACUCACCGACGACUGGCUCUACGUGAUGGUGGACUUGGAGAAGGUCAAUGGAGUGCGUCUCUGCGAUCUUGGUCCUGUGCCGCAGACGCUGGGUUACCUUCAGGGUCACCACUACGCCGCGUUUCUGCGCAUUUCUGCAAGUGAAAGCGCGCUCUCUGCCAUGACCACCGUGCUCAUCGAGGAUGCACAACCCGCCCAGAGCUAUUACAUCUGCAACGCCACCCGGCUGUACACGCUGAAGGUCUUCCAACCGGGCGCAAACGAACGUGCACACGCGUUUGCACAGGCGCGCGACGGCGCCGACGCGGAGAGCGCGGUACUUGCGCGCUCCUCGCCGGCGGGCAGCGUGCUGGCGGAGGAGCCCUCCGCGAGCGCGGCGCUCGCGCCGGUGCCCUCGACGAUCUUCUGCGCGCCACGCGCGCGCGCACCGCGCGCGACGGCGACGCUGCCGCCAUAUGUGUUGAUUGCGCCGGGCGAGACGGAGCCAUACUUGCCGGCUUCGCUGCUGGCGCCAGAACAGACGGCGGCGGUGCUGCGUGUAGACGAGGGCUCGGCCUCGCCGGCGUUGCUCGAGCCGGAGUCGAAGACGGACCUCUUUUGCGGCGGACUUCUCGGACGGCGCGGCGAAGCGCCGCUGCCGGCAGGAGCUCUAACCCUGGGGACUGGUGCGGCUGCGCGCGACCUGAUCCGGAUUCUUGGACCCGGGAUGGACGCGACGGUGGCGGUUCCGGACGCGGGGUUAGGUCCGAGCAACGCGGAGGAGACGCUGUAUCUGGUGCUCAAAGACGCGCUGCUCUACUCGCUACUCGCGAGCAUUGCUGGCCCACUCGGUCCUGGUCCUGGCCUGGUUGGUCCGGGACCGGGGCCCGGAACCGGGCCGUUGGGACUUGGGCUGGGGCUGUUGCGACAGAGCACGACGGCCGUGCCGUCGCGCGCAGAGCUCUACGAACAGGCCAGCGUCGCCAGCGCGCCCGCGGAGCCACGCGGCGGCUUCGCCGCGGUCGUGGACGCGGCCGGGUGCCUGCGUGUGCAGCUCUCAACGAGACUGUUGCCAGCACUCCUGCGUGCGUCGAAUGUGGUUGUGAACAAAGUGCAGCAGAACUACUUGUUUUCGCAGGCGCAUCUGAGCGGGACGAAGUCGGACAAGUACACGGUGCUCCUCACGACCACCCAGAUGCACUGGCUGGCGCACCAGAGCCUCGACGCUCGCACACAUGCAUCCGGUGGCCCGCUGGACGCGCGUCUACAGCACGUACGCCGCCUCCUCGCAGACGGCCACUGUCUUCAGAGUGUCUUGCGCCGCGGCGCCUUCGUCCUCACCUUCCGGAAUGCCUAUGACCCCCAGGCGCAAACUAACCUUCUCAAGGCGCUCCGCAAGGGCACCAAACUCACCCUCGACCUCACCCGCCUCCGUCUCUGCCUUUAUGCUGACCCACGACGACUCACCACCGACGACGCCGCCCAACUCCUCCAAUCCGCCCUCUCCGACAAAGACCUCUCCACCGUCAGCCACGGCACCAGCGCCGAGGCCCCCCAAGGCGGCGAGACCGACCAAGGCGGCGAGACCGACCUAGGCGGAGACCCGAAUAGACUUACCGCUAGACCGGCCGCGGAGUCGGGACCGCUCCCGACAGGACAACUCUCCCCCACUGAGGCGGGAACACACGGCACAGCAGAAGAGGGGGUCAGCAGCGUCGGCGGCAUCGAGAUUUGCUGCCAGAACGCCAGUCUCCAGCUGCACCUCUUUACACUCAACACCCUCGUUUCCGACUACCUGCGCGUCCUGCACGCGGUCAUCGCCAAUCGACUCAACGAGACCGACACCCGCAGACUCGUGCGCUCCAUGCAUCACCACAAGACCAAGUGGAUGCUCGUCAACGCGGCCGCCAAUCAACAGGAGCGCGCCGUGCUCAAUUACCUCAAGCUUGGCGGACUCACCGUCUCCUUGUUCACCGAAAGCAUCAAGUCCCUCCUGGUGCUCAAACUAAAGGAGUCCCACAAACCGAAACUACUCAAGAAUCUGUCCAGCUGCUGCCAAACUACCGACGGGCACUCCGACUCACCCCGACGCUUCUUUGUUGAGUCGCACCACCCGCAGUUCACGACUGAAACCAGUGGUGGUGCGACGCACGAACCGCGAAACAGCAUGAGCAACACCAGCGGACCCACCAACUUCGAGCCAAGACCUCAACGCGACGCCGCAGAGUAUACAGUGAACGAACGCGCGAGACACAACAGAUCCAACUUGGUGCUCUCCUCGACCUCGGACGGAUCCAGUCUGGUUCACCGGUCAGAUGGAAUUGCCCCCCUCGUCAGCGUUAGCUUGCACGACAGCCCUCAGCUUGUGCCUGGCGUUGACCGCAGUGCCUCGGAACUCACGGAUAGAAUCGAACUCCGUCACCUCAGUCCAGAUGAAACAGCUGGAUCACAUGUGCUCGGUUCCCAGAUAAGAGCCCGUCAUGAACAGAUGCUGCGCGCUCGUGAGAACGACCGCGAAAAACAGAAUCGGAGACGGAACGGAGAGAUUACGGUGCGGUUAGACGUCGUGUUCGACCGGAUGCGCCGUCUGGUGUACGUGAACGAAUUCGUGCUUGGAUUGAAACAACACACGUGCAUUUCUCUGCAUGUUCCUGUAGGUGUGUUGUUGCAAGUUAAAGAGUCUCUAAUGAGACCGGUGUAUGAUGAUUAUAUUCUUUGGAAGUCCAAGCAAGUAGCGGAGGAAAUGCUGCAUAUGUUGUCUUUGCCAAUAGUGACUAACAAGCUUUCUAUCCACAACCUCACACUGAGCUCAAUUCCUAUAGAAUUAUCCGCGAAUGCAAUAGGUAUGCCGAGGUUAAACAGGAUUGUGGCGGCAUCUUUGAACAUAAACCAGUUGCACAUCACGUUGCCGGAAAUAAGUGUGAAAGAUUUCUCAAGGAGUAACUGGAGGAAGCAGCUCCCCGUGUGGAAGGCGGUGAAGAAUAUACUUCUGGACACGGCCAAAAACAUUGCUGGCAUCAUAAGCAAGCAGUAUAUAAACGUAAUAUCUCUGACAGCGAUUGUCGUGGGACGCACGAAAAGCUCGGUGCCAUGUGGCGGCGGCAACACAGGGUUUGUGAGACUCACGUUCCGUCAGUGGCCGGUCAUGCGUUGUUGUUUUAGAGGUUGA